UUGAUACAAAAUUACAACCUUGGCAAAUGGAAAACAGAAUGUCCUUCGGUGGACGACUUAGACCUCACUUCUCUACCACAAACGAUGUCAUGUACACUCCGAGCCGACUGUCUGUCAAUCGCCUGCUGCAUGAAAUCCGAUUUAAUGGGAAAGUUUGUUUACUAUGCUGCUUCACUGGAUUACUGCAAACGAGAGCUAACAGUUCAGAUUGAAAAUAUGAAACGUAUAUUUUCAGUGUAUGACUAUAACUUUGGUUCUGCAAUGAGUAUAUCCAUUUACUCAGCUCUACGUUUGAGAUGGACAAUGUGGAAUUUGGUAUUAACACACCAGAUUUCUUUGAAUAUGCAUGUCAUGGAAUGUUUUGAAAACGACGGACCUUGUGACCAGGUCGUUUCCGUGGCAACGCGGUUAAAAUUGCCUUUGCCAGAUUGUACUGCAGCACAGGAGUUCUACACGCCCGACUUUAGCUUAAGUAGCUGGAAAAUCGACCAUGGAAUCACAGGGAACAUAUUCACAGAUUCACAGAAAAUGUUACUUCAAAGAGAUCUUGGACUAGUUCGUCAUAUGAAUGAUGAAACUUGCGUCGUCCAAGGCGAGGAGCAGGGUUACGAAUACGGAUGGAUAUCGGAAUGCGCUUUAGACUUAGACUUGGCAAAUAUCACGGAGCAAUACAAUAUAUCCUGCAAGAUUCAAUCUUCAUGCUCACAAAUACUUUGCUGCCUGUACGUUCCAGAGAUGGACAUGUCUUUUAAUGCAUUAUUCGAUUUGAAACCUUGUCAUUUAUCGCUAAAAGCUGGAUUUGAAAAGAUGACAACGGAAAUGAUUAUCAGAGAAAUAUCAGGCACGGAAACGGUCCAAAGUCUGAACAGUGUACUAUAUAUGAGUUCAAAAGUGACCGAAAGAGAAGACGAGCUUCAAAUGGAAUGGACGGUCAGGGUUUGUGUAGAAGAUAAGUUUGAUUGUACCCGUCAAAUUCAACUUCUUGAAAAUGUCUUUAUUCCAAAUCCUGAUUGUUGGUCGGAGCCAAUUUUCAAAAACCAAGAAUUUUCCCUGCAAAGCUGGUUGGGUAUCAACAAUGUUACAUUAGAAGAAAUGCUCGAAGAACAUCACGAUCAGCUGGCUGUAGACUUAGGUCUUGUUAACAUUCUCUCGUCCCCAAUGUGCAACAUUACAACUACAAUGAAAGAAAUUGAAUUGGAGUUCAUCAACUCAAGUACAUCUAUUUACGACCAAUCGUGUGUACGAUCAUCGACCGGUGAAUAUAUGGCCUGCUGUGUGUACUCAGACGAACUUGACCGUUACCUUUGGGCCUCUUUUACGAUCGACCCCUGUCGUUAUCAAAUACUUGCUGAGGUGGAAAAUAUUGCAUACAAUAUAAACAUGCUGGACUAUAUUUGGGGAACUCGUCAUGAAAUAUCAAUGAAAGGUGUUUGGAGCAUCAGGUUUCUUAUUUACAAUGUACAAACAAACAUCGAGUUUUCAUUAGACGUGGAUGUCAGCCUUUGUUUUGAGGAUGGAACCUGUAAUGGAACGUUUUUCUUGGCAACGGAUUUGCGAGUGCCGUAUACAAAUUGCACAAAUACCACUCAGCCAUACCAAGACAUCUCAUACGAUUUCUGGCUUCGCGAGGAAUGCUCUGCAUCUACAACAUCCACAAUAUGCAUGUCAGUUCGUCUUCCAAAUAUCACCAAGGAGAUGUGUGUCAUUGAUGACGAUUGUAAUGGUUUAACUUGUUGUGUAGAAUUGUAUCUGGGAGAUGUAACACGAAAUUUUAUGUUUUCCAUUCGGUCUGAUUGUAAUGGAGCUGUGCUGAAUUUUAGUAUUGAACGGAAAUCUUGGCAAACAGAUAUUCAGUCGAAGCCAGCAUAUAUACACCAAAACAUAAAAGACGCCAUUUUUUUGGACAUAACAGUGGAUAAUGACUCUCCGACUACGAUAAAAGUAUCCUUCAACCUGACCUUGUGUGAAAGAAAAUCUGAAGAAAUAUCAUGUGCUGCAUUGCAAUAUCUUGUCGAUCAACGUCUUGGUAUACACUGUACAAUGAGAAAACGGCGUAAAAGAAGUGUGCUUCCAGAGGAGAUGAGCAUCGAAGCCAUUAAACUGAAUCUUAAAGAAUUGCUUGAGAAGGGAUCUUCGAACGAAGAAAUACAAUCUUAUAUUGAUGCACUUCAGAUUGCCCAGAAUGCAGAAAAAUCUAAAAAUAUGGCACCAGAAGAUGCCGAAGUUUUGGAUUCAACAAUUAAGCAGACGAUGAAAGCACUUGGCUCGAACAACCCAGAAACAAUCAAACAUCAACCUGUUCCUCAGGGAGGUUUCACAUUUUCGCUCGAAGUAGGAGGCGCAGAGAAAAUCGUGAUAAUGCUAGGCGAACCAAAUUCAACGAUUAGCAGGGCAAAUCAAUUAUUCAUUGUCGGAAAAGGACUGUCGAAGCUUGGUACAGACCUUCUUGGCGCACAACUGGCCAAUAUGACAAUCAGUGAUAUUCAAUCCUUGCUGCACACAAGAAAAGUUGAUCCAUUCGAAGUUUGCAAUAUAGUUAAAGACUUUAUAGAUCUAGCAAGAGUAUUGUAUUCAGAAGUUAUGGAGAAGAUAGUCUCGGGAAGUGUAAACAAUAUUUUUGAAUCAUUUGAACUUACUUUAAAAGGGACAUUUAGUUUUCCAAGGAAACAAAUAAAGUUCUUCCCAGAACCUUUUGUUCACGUUAUACCUCUUGGUGGAGUUUUGUCAAUUACCCUUGAAUUCGAUGCCUGGGGGUUUUACGGAUUAGACAUCGGUUGGCAGGCAAAGAUAAUUAGCAGAACAGCUGGAGCAACUUUAGUCCCAUAUGCCGGUUUAUCAACAUAUUUUAAAGCCAGUUUGGGAUUCCUAUUGUACGGAGAACUGUUACUUGAAGGAGAAAUUUGUAAUAUAGGCUUUCCUUCUGCUGCAGAAAUAGGAUUUUCAAAGUUUCCACUUGACGUAGGGAUAACGAUGGAUCUUGAGAUAAGGCCUUUGAAACUUGAAUUGUUUGGUCUUGUUACAUUGGAAGUGGACCUGUUGUUCGACACAUAUGAGAAAACGUUGUUCAAAAAGAGGAUCUGGAUUUAUGAAAUGCCUAAAAUAACAAAGCGUGUGGUAGACGAAUCCACGAAGGAAAAAGAUGCCAGUCCGCCGAUUUUUUCACCAGUUGUGUCUAAAACGAAUUCAAGAACUGCGCGAGCAACGACAGAGUGUGUUUUACGACAAAUUGUAAACAGAGACUACACUGAGCCAGCAUUUGAAAUAUCUGUACAAGCAGCAGAUGACAAAAGCAACGUAGAGUUCUUUUUAGAUGUCGGCUCAUUUCCAGGAGGAAAUGAUAUUGUGUCCAACAUGCAACUAGGUGGUUCAGAAACAGUGGUAAAAACGGAAAGCAACGAGUUUCCAUCUGGUGUCCCUCUUUACUUUAUUAUGUUUGCGGAAAACAGCGCUGGAUCCAGAAGUUUUAUCAAUUGUCAGCUAUCUACUUAUGAUAGCACUCCACCGACUGGUCGUUUGAAUGUGGAAUUUACAUCAACUAGUAACCCUAACAUUAUUCGAGCAACAAUAUUAGUUCAUGAUGACUCGGUAAUUUCCGAAACGUUCGUCGCAAUUGGAUUUGGACAAGGACAAUACGGUGAUCAGUUACUUUCAUGGGAACAUCUGAAGUUAAAAGAAAUCACUAACAGAAAACGUGGAACUCAGCCGUUGGAUGAAUUCACACAGUCACAGGAAGGAAAACUUGUCACUUCUCCAAUCAUUUCCUUAAUUACGGUAACUGCCUCUGAUUGUGCAGAAGAAUGCCUUAAAAUAUCGCCAUGUCACAGUUUCAACUACGACUAUGGCCUAACAAUGGCAUGUGAACUGUUACCAUCAAUAAGGCAUUUCGAUGAAUCUUUGUACACGGAGUCGCAGUUUCAUUUCUUCGAAAGAUUGUCCAGUGGCCAGUUUGUUGACAUAAGUUAUGACUCCUUUGAUAUGCGACACAAUACGCUUCACUACGUCAACCUAGACGUAACGAAUGUCCUUGGGUAUAGAUCAGUGAUUCACAGUCAGGGGAUACUGACAGAUUUCUCAUGCCCCGAACCAGGGCUUAUAAUAAAUGGAUCGUUGGAUAUCUUAAGCUUUGUCAAUUGUCGAACGCUAGUUCCAUUCGACAGACUGGACCUUUCCCGAUAUUGCACCGACCAGCCCGCAGUUUUUCAUAAUCAUCGAACCGUUAUCGACGGACCAGGUUCAAGGACUGUGUUUAAUGGCGAUAAUCCUAUGACCGAAACAUUGUAUUCAAGGAGUGAUAACUACAUAGCGGCCAACUGGGAUGGAAUCCAUGACAAUGAAACAGGCAUUUUGGUCUACACAUGGUUUGUUGGAAGAAAUAUUUGCGAGGAUUCUAUUCAUCCUGAUGUUGACCCACAUAAACAACUACUGCAUGAAUCACACUGGCGAAACAUCGGAAUUAUAUCUUCUUCGUCGUCAAACAAGAACAUAUUUCCACUGCCAUCUGGAGGAUACUAUGUCACUGUACGAGCUAUGAACAAAGUUCACUUCGGAGGGUUCCUAGGAACGACAAUUUGCCAUUCGAUACCUUAUAUUAUCGACAUAACGAGUCCACUCAUUUAUGAGAUUUACAACAUUAAAUACCACGAGGACAUAUUUCUGGUGUCAGCGGAUCAUAACUCGACAGACGAAGAAUCAGGCAUUGCAUACUUGGACGCUUGUCUUGGGAGCAAUCCAAGAAGUUGCGAUAUUAUGAGUUGGUGGCGUAGCCCGAUAUUGACAUUAGUACAGUUUACAUUCAAAGUUCCUGACGGAAUACCAGCUUGGCUAAGACUUCGUGCCACAAAUAAUGUUGAUCUUCAUGUGGUGGAAAGGGCAAACAGAGCCAUUCUUCUAGAUUCGAGUCCACCGAUAGCAGGUGUAGUCAAUGAUGGUGAAAUAUACGCUGAAGACUUGCAGUUUACAAAGUAUUCUGAUAAGGUGUGUACGAACUGGCACGAUUUCCACGAUCCUGAAUCAGGAAUUUCAAAAUAUGAAAUAGGUGUCGGAUCCAAACCUGGAAGUUUGGAUGUUGUUGGUUUGGAAGGUGUAAAAUACUACGAAAGCUUUUAUUGUUUUGAACUUCGAGAAAAUGAGACUUUAGUACAUGAUAACAUUUAUUUCAUCACGUUAUGGGCAUCUAAUGCUGCAACAAAUAUGAAGAACGUGUCCAAGUCUUCAGACGGAGUGAGAGUAGACUUGACAAAACCUUUACCAGGCUAUGUUGUCGAUGGUAAUUUCCCAAAUUUAAAAGACAAAAAAUACAGCCACUCGAAAUCAUCAGUACAGGUACAAUGGAACAAUUUCCAUGAUCCCGAAUCAGGUAUAAGAAGCUAUUCUACAUCAGUGGAAAGAAACAGAGGUGGUCAAACAUACGUUGUUAAAACGGAACAAGACAUCGAUGCUACGUCGACGUUUGCAGCUUGGAAGAAUUUGAAUCUCAAACAUCUUGAUUACAUUCGAUCGACAAUUAUAGCUAUAAAUGGGGCUUUGAACGAUAUAUCAAAUUCCACAGACGGUAUUUUAAUAGACUUAACUACACCAACUUCAAAAUUUAUAUAUGACGGAACAUCACUUGGAGCAGAUAUCCGAUUUCAGAGCUCGCUUGAAGAGUUGUCCGUGAAUUUUGAAGUGCAAGAUGAAGACUCUGGUAUUGUCGAGUUGAAAGCUCAAAUUCAUAUCGAAAACCAAGGUUCUACAAAACAAUUUUAUCCGGAAAACGGUGGAUGGAUUUUGCUUGAAAACACCGAAAAAACUGUCUUUACGAAGAAAAACCUACAACUGUCUCUUGGAUCCAAGUACAAGUUUAGACUUGAAGCAAUCAAUGGUGCAGGACUCACGGCAACGUUUGAAUCUGAUGGAGUGCUAACAGACAAUACUCCGCCUGAACUUGAACAUCUAGAAGUUGGAGUUCUAAGUGGAGAUGAUGAAGAAAUCGUCUUUGGAUACGUUUGGCAGGCUGAUCACGAUGGCAUAAAGGCCUCAUGGGUAUCAAGUGACCAUGAGUCGGGAAUCACAAGUGUCCGAUUUGCUGUUGGCACAACGGCAGGGUCAGACGAUGUCUUUGGGUGGACAAAACAGGAGCAGUAUUCAAAUGAUGCAUAUCUACCUUGUUUGCUUAUGGACACUGCUUUGUCUGAUAGCAACAAUUACUUUCCUGUGUAUUACGUAUCACUUUCGACAAGAAAUGGUGCUGGCUCGUGGAGUACAGUUAAAACAUCUACUCCUGUCGUUGUAGUACCGGAAGAUGUCACGGGUAUAUCUGUUGACGGUCCAAAGGAGGGCCUUUCAAACGACAUUGAUUAUCAGAGUGAUAUGCAUACCGUAACAAUAAGUUUUAGUGGAUUUGAAAGUUCUCUGCAUGGGAUACAAACAUAUGAUUGGGCAAUAGGAACUAUUCCACAAGGAGAAGAUGUUCAACCGUACCUAGAAUAUGCGAUUAGACAUUCAGAGACAGAAGUGUCAGACCAUCAUGGAUUAGAAAACGCAGGACAGGCCCAAGUUACAGUUGAUAUCUCACCAAACAAAACCUACUAUUCUACACUCAGAGCAAUAACAAAUGCUGGAAAUGUUUUGCAAACGACAACUGAUGGUUUUAUUGUUGACACCACAGCCCCAAAUAUAAGUAUCGUAACUUUGGGUUCAGAGUCCAUGGAAAGUGGAAAGUCGGCAUUUCAAAUAGACGAAACAGCUUUACCUGGAUCAUGGUCUUACCAUGAUGUUGAAAUUCACGAUGCCAAUAACGUAGACAAUAUAUUACAUACGACAUUUUCCAUGGGUUCUUACCCGUUUGCAACAGAUGUCGCUAACAUCAAAUAUCUCAACGCGUCUGUUGAUGGAACGUCUUCUAUUAUCGAUGAAAGUGUAUUGCCGGCGUUACAAGGUAUACCGAAUAUUCUCUCUGUGACGGUGACAAAUAAAGCCAACAUAACCGCCAAAGCCUACUCACAGUCACUAAUUCAAGACAACACAGAACCCGAAACUGGGAUUGUGAAAUGCCAUGAAUAUAUCCAAAGCCACUUCAACGUAACAUGCGAGUGGUCAGGAUUUGCUGAUGUCCAAAGCAAAGUUGAUAGAUUCUACAUACUUUUUGGUUUUCGAGAAGGUUUUGACGACCUAGCUCCUGCUUAUGAAUUAUCAGGAGAUAUUCACAGCUAUGUCACUUCAGUAUUACCUGUGAGCCAUGCAGAUAUUUUUUAUGCAACUGUCAUUGCCGAGAAUUCCGUUGGAUUACAAGUCCGUGCGUAUUCCGCUCCAAUAUCAGUAGACAAUACUCCGCCAGUUUCGGGUGUUGUUGUUGAGUUGAAAAGUGCGUCAUACAUAGAUCCAAACGAUCAUGAGAAAACUGUGCAAUCUACUAAAAUGGCAUGUGAAAGUCCUUCUGAAUGUAAUAUGGUAGAUGCCGUUUGUCAAGAGACAAUGAACACUAUACGGGCUGCAUGGUCGCCAUUUACUGACGCCGAAUCCGGAAUAAAAAGCCUGCUGAUCGCUGUAGGGACAAUACCCGGUGGUGGACAAUUAAGGCCGUUUUUUCCAAUACCAAAUUCAGCACAAAACUUUCAGAUAACGGGCAUCGACCUGUAUGGCAAGAGAGAGAUAUUUGUGACGAUUAAAGCCGAAAACAAUGCCGGGAAAGCUGCAAGUGUUAUUUCUAACGGCGUCUAUCUCUCAUACCUGAGCCAAGGGAAGCCUCCCUUGUAUCAUAUUGGCGUAUAUGAUAGCCAUCAGCAUGCGAUAGGGGAUAUCGAUUACCAAGUAGAGACAUCAUCUCUGGAAGCCAAAUGGGAUGUGUCUGGUGACCCAUGUCCGGUCAUUAAAUAUAAAUGGGCAAUAGAAUCUACUGACGGAAGGGUUAUACAAAACUUCACGGACAUGUAUACGUCAACGCAUGGAGUGAACGAUCAACUUGAUCUCAAAGAAGGUGAAAGAUAUUACAGUUUACUGCGUGUGACCAAUGCCAUUGGUUAUUCUUACACUUUGCGAUCUAACGGCGUUACUGUCAGUUCCGACGUUCUUAUACCGGGAGAGGUUUAUGACGGUGCUAUACAAGGCUACGAUUUAACCGUGCAGCGAUCCCGAACGAACGUUUCAGCUAAUUGGGAUGCAUUCGGCAAAGUCAAAUCAGCCUUAGAGGGUCAGCUUGAAACAGGUUAUAUGAUGAAACCAGGGACUUGA